AUGUGGCGCGCUAGGUGGGACCCCGGCGUCCUGAAGGCAGAGGCCCUGGCCCUCCUGCCCUGCGGCCUGGGCAUGGCCUUCUCACAGUCCCACGUGAUGGCCGCCCGGAGGCACCAGCACAGCCGGCUCAUCAUCGAGGUGGACGAGUACAGCUCCAACCCCACCCAGGCCUUCACCUUCUACAACAUCAACCAGGGCCGCUUCCAGCCGCCGCACGUGCAGAUGGUGGACCCAGUGCCUCAUGACGCCCCCAAGCCGCCCGGCUACACCCGCUUUGUCUGCGUGUCUGACACCCACUCGAGGACAGACCCCAUCCAGAUGCCCUAUGGUGACGUGCUGAUCCACGCCGGGGACUUCACCGAGCUGGGGCUCCCGAGUGAGGUGAAGAAAUUCAACGAGUGGCUGGGCAGCCUGCCCUACGAGUACAAGAUCGUGAUCGCCGGCAACCACGAGCUGACCUUCGACCAGGAGUUCAUGGCCGACCUCAUCAAGCAGGACUUCUACUACUUCCCAUCCGUGUCGAAGCUGAAGCCCGAGAACUACGAGAAUGUGCAGUCACUGCUGACCAACUGCAUCUACCUGCAGGACUCGGAGGUCACCGUGCGGGGCUUCCGGAUCUACGGCUCCCCGUGGCAGCCCUGGUUUUAUGGCUGGGGUUUUAACCUCCCGCGUGGCCAAGCACUGCUCGAGAAAUGGAACCUCAUUCCCGAAGGCGUGGACGUCCUGAUAACCCAUGGACCACCGCUGGGCUUUCUGGACUGGGUCCCCAAGAAGAUGCAGCGGGUGGGCUGCGUGGAGCUGCUCAACACGGUGCAGAGGCGCGUCCAGCCGCGGCUGCAUGUCUUCGGCCACAUCCACGAAGGGUACGGAGUCAUGGCAGAUGGGACGACUACCUAUGUGAAUGCCUCUGUGUGCACCGUGAACUACCAGCCCGUGAAUCCACCCAUAGUCAUCGACCUCCCCACCCCCCGGAACUCUUGA